CUUCUGCAGCAGAUUUGUCCAGCAUGGUACAUUAUCUGAUUUCUUGAUUGCUGUUUCCAUGGGUGUUGGUUGUGGAUCCAAGUUAAAUAAGAUGUCUAGUUCCUUGCAUUCAUAUAGUUCUGAAUUGCCAUGAAUUUUCAACUUCUGCUUAGGGAUUUAUAGAAAUACUUCGCUGAUUCUAGGUCAGCUGUAUAUCAUAAUCAUUAAGUCCCAAAAUAGCGUUCCGCUAUUUUUUCAGAAUGAAAAUUUUAAUUUUUCUUCUGUUACAUAAGCAAUAUGUGUAAUUAAAGAAAAAUUGGGAAAUAAUACAGAAGAAAAAAGAAUAUUUAAAAACCUCAUAAUCUUACCCUCCUUGAGAUGUCUGCUGAUAUUGUAUAGUAUAACCUUCUAGAUAACUUGUAUAUACACAUAUGCUGCUUAACGUAUCUUAAACCUUUUUCAAGGUCAAUACAGUGUCAUUUUAAAAUAAUUUAUUGCUUGCAUGCUUUUGGAUUGAUGUAGUAAAAUUUAUUUCACUAGUCUCAGUGAUUAUUUGUUUCAUAAUUUUUCACUAUUAAUAUGUCUGCAUUCUUGUUUCCUUUUGAUAAAUUCUCAAAAGUGAGACAAUUGAGUCAAAGAAUACUCAGUUUUAAAGCUUUUGAAAAAAUUGUCAAGUUGUCCUUUGGAAAUACAGUACCAGUUCAUACUAUUUUAAGUAUAAAAAUGACCAUUUCUUUUGAACCCUUCCUUACACUAGAUAUUAAAAGAUGUUUUUGCCUGUUUGGUAGGUGAAGUGUGGCAUUUGGUUUAAUUUCUAUUUCCUUUAUUGUGGUGUUGAAUUUUUUUUUUAAUCUUUAUAGAUUUUAGUAAUAUUUAUUAAAUGUUGUUGGCUCUUUUUUUGUUAUGUUCCAAUAAUAGUAAAUGAUGUAGCAGCAGCAGCAGUGCUAACUAUGUGGCAGGCAUCCUAUUCAGUGCUUUCUGUACCUUCUUUCAUUUAAGCCUCAUAACUACCCUGUGAGACAAGUACUAUCAUUCUGGUUUUUAAAGAGAUAGAUAUGCUGAAGAGAAGGACCGUAUCACUAGUAAGUGGUUGAGCUUGAAGUUGAAACAGAUUUGUCUGAUCCCAGAGCCUCUGAGCUCUUAACCAUGAGGCUGUAUUUAUUAUUUUCAUAACAUUUUAUAUGUGAUACUAAAGACAUAAAUUGUGGGAUAAAUAUGUAUUGCAGACAUUUCCUCAGUUUUUCAUUUAUGGUGUGUUUGGAGUGGGAUGUUUUGUAUUUUCACGUUCUAUUUAGUAAGUUCCCAUCUCAAAGUUGUUAAGAGUCUGAUAUACUAUUUUAAAUGAAGUUUGGUCAUGGUGGAUAUGGCUUGAAUUUGUGGAGAUAGAUAUCUUGGAAUCCACCUUUAUCAGUUAAAAAUUAUCAGUUAACCUUUAUCAGUUAAAAAUUUUUAGAAGUGGGUAUUACUUAAAUUUUUAAAGCUCUUAACUUGGGUCCUGUUCAGAACUCAACCAAUGUGGAGCUUUUCAAGAUACAGAAAAUAGGCAGAAGGGCAUCUCAGUUGGAAUAUAGCAUGAGAAAAGCUUUUGCUAUUGAAGAAAAAGUGUGUUUUUUUAAUUCAGCUUUUAAAAAUGACUCGGAUGAAUCUUCCUGGGACAUAUUGAAGAAAUCAGUAAAGGAUACGUAAUUGAGAGGGGUUGUCAAUACUCUGUGAACAGAAUGACAGUCUAAAAUUCUCUUCAGGAUGGAACCAGGGACUAUGAACUGAAUAUCGAAAGAUAAAAUAUUAUGUGGGAUUUAAAGCCCUUCACUUGAUGUAAAGAAACCUAGCAAAAAAGUUAUCUGAAUAUAGCAGGUUAGCAUUAUAUUAGAACCAGUGACUAAGAAUUAGGACUUUUACUUAACAGUGAAUUCUACAUGUCUUGACAAUGCCAGUGUUAGCAGGAAUAAUAAUAGCAACUGGAAAGCAUCCAGAGUUUGUACCACUCUUAAACUCUUCCAAGAGCAUCUAAAUUUAGACUACUGUGUUGAAAAGGAUAUUGACAGAUGGUUAUACUUUUAUAAGGCACCAUUUCUUAUUUUAAUAUAAGAUUUCCAGGACAGGGAACAGUUUGAAUAGGAUGUUUUAAGAUAAAGAGAAAAAAAAAAGUUAAUUGGAUUGCUAAUGAGUGGACUUAAAGAGAAUAGAUAAGGAAAGGAAUCUAGAAGAGUGGAAUUAAUUUUUAGAAUUGAGUAUCUUUUGGUUGUGAGUACCCCGACUUUGGUGGCAGUUCAGAGGCUUGAUCAUUGGUGAGGGAUCAAGGACAUUGUAGAAGGAAUAUAAGCGUCCUAUGAGGAAUUUGGGGAGCAGUGAGAACUAGAUGAUUUUUUCCCAUUGUUGAGGUUGUGGCAAUAUAUUCUUUCAGAUUUUCAUUAUUUAGUUUGCUGCAUUACAUUACUCUUUUAUACUUUAAUAGAAAAAAGUACUUAAUAAAGGAAACUUGAAGCAAAGAAAGAAAGAAAAUACAACAUCAGCACUUGAAUUUAACCACUGUUAACAUUUUGAUGUUUUGGUCCAGUCUUCUCUAUCUGUAUGUAUUACUGUAUGUCGUUUAGAGCCUCUAUAAGUAUAAACAGGAAGCCCUUAUGGUGCAGUGGUUAAAGCGAUCGACUGCUAAUCAAAAGGUUGGUGGUUUGAAACCAUCAGCGGCUCUGCGGGAGAAAGAUGUGGCAGUCUGCUUCUUUAGAGACUUUAGAGCCUUGGAAACUCCAUGGGGUCGCUUUGAGUCAGAAUUGAUUCAGUGGCAGUGGGUUUGGGAUUUUGUAUAGUAUAAACAUUUUCUAGUUUAAGUAUUCUACAACAUGAUUUUGUUAAAUGGCUGUAAUAUUGUAUCACAGGGAUUUUCAAAACUUAUAGAUGGUUGGUGUUUCUCUUUCAAUUCCAAACAAACAUAGAAUGAAAAUAAAAAGUUUUAUUUGUUUAAUAUAAAUGUGUAAAUCUGACAUUUACUUGGCACCUGUCUUUUUUUAAGAAUUUUCACAUGAACCUAUAGCAGCAUGUACCCUGUUUGUUUACUUAUAGCAGUGGAACUGCUAGUUUCCUCUUCCACCCCCACUUGUGCUGAUCAUUCUUAUAUUUGCAAGUAGGGAAAAAAACACCGUGCAAUUUUGCUAUCAGUGGGAACUUGUUAAAGUAUGCGACCUGGUAUGUAUCAGUUUUUCAUUUGCUGUAUAAUAGACUCUUUAAAAAAUGAUUUUGAACGGGUAGAAUACCUCACCCUUGUUUCAGCUUCUCUGUUUUCAUUCUGGUAGCAAAUUGCCAUGUUUGUUCCCUGUACACUUCUUUCCCCUGACUGAUUUGAAAGUUGUAACAUGAAACUUGACUAAAGACAUCAGCAUACUGCAUUUCCUAAGAAUAAGGAUAAUCUCUAUCACCAGAAUAUUAUCACACCAACAAAAAUUAACAUUAAUUCAUUAAUACCAUCUAAUAUACUAUCCAUAUUAAAAUUCCCUAGUUGUCACACCCCUCAAAAAAAAAGUCUCCUUUCUCCCAAGUCAAGAUCCAAUGAAGGCUAACACAUCACUUUCUUAAUCUAGAAAAGCCCCUACUUUUUUUUUAAAGGAGAGUCCUCACCAGUUGUGUUAUAUAAUGUCCUAGUGUCGAAUAUUUUGCCAAGAAUAUUGCAUAGGUGAUGUGUUUCUUAUUGUGUUACAUUAGGAGACUUAAAAUGUCAUGCUGUCAUACAGUAACUGAUUCUAGAUACGAUCGUUGGUUUAGGCGGAGACCUUCAGGUCUCCAUUGUAAAGGUACAGUAUUCUCUUUAUAUUGAGUGAGUAAUCUUGUUGGGUGAUAAUUUGAGACUAUAUAAAUACCCUGUUCCUAACCCAACAAGCUAUCACCCAAUGGUUUUAGCAUACAUUGAUGACUCAUCUGAAUCAAUUGUGAUGUUAAACAUUCUGAUGUUCACCAGCCUAUUUAAAAACAGUGAAGUCUUUAAAUCUUUUAGUUUUUAAUAUGCUUUUCUUAAAACAUUUUUGUAUGUUUAAGAUCCAUUUGUUUUACAUUUCCUUUUCUUUGAAUGAUUAAUACCCUUGCCUUUUUUAAAUGUUAGGUUGUUACCCUUUUUUCUUAUUGAGACUGAAUUCUAUUAUUUAGAUCUUUUGACUGUUCUUAGUUGAUAAACAGUUUUUCUUUAGCGUAUGUAAUUUUCUACAUUAAAAAAUUUAAAAAAAAUUUGAUCCAUCUGUAAUUUAUUUUUGUGCAUAGAGUAGUAACAUUCAUUGAAUUGUCCAUUCCCCCCAUAUUUACAAUAUCUUAAGUAUCCUCAUAGUUAUAUUUCUUAGACAUAGCAGUUAGUUGUUUUUCUUAAGAUGAUCAGCUUUGUUUUUUCACGGCCUGCAGUUCUUAAAAAUACCACCAGUACUACUUUCCUGUGUUAGAAGUCUUUACAUGCUAAGUCUCUACCUUGAGAUCAUGUCUGCAUUUUUGAAGAACAAGUGUUGGGGAUGGAGCAAGUUUUUCAGCUGUGUGACGAACCUUAUCAGACACCAUGGCCAGCAAUGUUACUAACAAGACAGAUCCUCGCUCCAUGAACUCCCGUGUAUUUAUUGGAAAUCUCAAUACUCUUGUUGUCAAGAAGUCUGAUGUGGAGGCAAUCUUCUCGAAAUAUGGCAAAAUUGUUGGUUGCUCUGUUCAUAAGGGCUUUGCCUUCGUUCAGUACGUUAAUGAGAGAAAUGCCCGGGCUGCUGUAGCAGGAGAGGAUGGCAGAAUGAUUGCUGGCCAGGUUUUAGAUAUUAAUCUGGCUGCAGAGCCAAAAGUGAACCGAGGAAAAGCAGGUGUGAAACGAUCUGCAGCGGAGAUGUACGGGUCAGUACCAGAACACCCUUCUCCGUCCCCUCUACUCAGCUCUUCUUUUGACUUGGACUAUGACUUUCAACGGGAUUAUUAUGACAGGAUGUACAGCUACCCUGCACGUGUUCCUCCUCCUCCUCCUAUUGCUCGGGCUGUAGUGCCCUCAAAACGCCAGCGUGUGUCAGGAAACACUUCCCGAAGGGGCAAAAGUGGCUUCAAUUCCAAGAGUGGACAGCGGGGAUCUUCUUCCAAGUCUGGAAAAUUGAAAGGAGAUGACCUUCAGACCAUUAAGAAGGAGUUGACCCAGAUAAAACAAAAAGUGGAUUCUCUACUGGAAAGCCUGGAAAAAAUUGAAAAGGAACAGAGCAAACAAGGAGUAGAGAUGAAGAAUGAUAAGUCAGAAGAGGAGCAGAGCAGCAGCUCCCUGAAGAAAGACGAGACUAAUGUGAAGAUGGAAUCUGAGGGGGGUGCAGAUGACUCUGCUGAGGAGGGGGACCUACUGGAUGAUGAUGAUAAUGAAGAUCGGGGGGAUGACCAGCUGGAGUUGAUCAAGGAUGAUGAAAAAGAGGCUGAGGAAGGAGAGGAUGACAGAGACAGCGCCAAUGGCGAGGAUGACUCUUAAGCACAUAGUGGGGUUUAGAAAUCUUAUCCCAUUAUUUCUUUACCUAGGCGCUUGUCUAAGAUCAAAUUUUUCACCAUAUCCUCUCCCCUAGUAUCUUCAGCACAUGCUCACUGUUCUCCCCAUCCUUGUCCUUCCCAUGUUCAUUAAUUCAUAAUGCCCUGCGCCUAGUCCCAUUUUCACUUCCUUUGAUGCUCCUAGUAGUUAUGUUAAGUCUUAUCCUGUAAUUUUUGCUUUUAAUUUUGAUACCUCUUUGACUUAACAAUAAAAAGGAUGUAUGGUUUUUAUCAACUGUCUCCAAAAUAAUCUCUUGUUAUGCAGGGAGUACAGUUAUCUCCAUUCAUACAUGAGUUCAGUAGUUGCUUCCCUAACUGCAAAGGCAAUCUCAUUUAGUUGAGUAGCACCUGAGAGCAGCUUUGAGUUAGAGGUAUGUGUGUUAUACCCCACGUAAGAGUGCUGUGUGGGGUUGUUCAACACAAAUGUAACAAUGUAUUUUUUGUGAAUGAGAGUUGGCAUGUCAAAUGCAUCCUCUAGAAAAAAUAGUGUAAUAGUCUUAAGAUUUGUUUUCUAAAGUUGAUACUGUGGGUUAUUUUUGUGAACAGCCUGAUGUUUGGGACCUUUUUUUCUCAAAAUAAAUAAGUCCUUAUUAAACCAGGAAUUUGGAGAAAAAAAAGAACCUGGUUUUUUAUUUUUGUACUUUAUAACUGUUCACUUCGAAUUCUUUGUUUUACAGCCGGCCUUCACGAAACCCCUAGAAUAUACUAGAUAUGUUUUGCUUGGAGUCAUAAUCAUUGUGUAUACAACAUACACUACUCAAAUUUAAUUUCACUGGGGGAGGAUGUUGCAUUAAGGAGACAAAUAACUUUGAUGUGGAAUGUAGAUUUUUUAGCAAAAUGGCUUUUACACCCUAUAGGAAAGUUUGGGAACUCAUAGUUUGCAUUUUCAUCAGUGUUGUGUGGUCUCGCUGACACCCUUUUUGAGGUUUUUGUUGUGUACUAAUUUUGUCCUUAUAUUUAGAAGAUGCUCAAAUAUGCCGAGAUUUCAGUAAAAUUGAAACAGCUGCAGAAUGAAAUAUUUAUUUUCUUUCAUUUUGCUCCUUUAGUUAUUAUUUAUAAGCCUGUUAGCUUCUCAGUCUGUGCCUCAAUGCUACUGAAAGUAGGAAAGCUCUUUUCUGAUCUUCUGUAGCCUGUGCCUACCCAGGUAAUCAAGAACACAGUGAGGGCUAUAAAUCCAUUUUACUUUCUAUCAAAGAAUAUAUUAAUCACGUUUCAUCCAUAUGAGUUUUUGCCAGUCCAUCCCAACUUCAUUAAUUACAAUGACUUUUAGGCAUGAUACUUUGUAACUAAGGAUGUAUUUAUUCAACAGCUGCCAGAGCUAUGAUGAUCUAGUCCUGAAAGGCCCAGUUUGUUUUAUAGUUCAGCUUUUCUAAUAGGGCAAGAGAAAAACAUGGUUAGUUUGACUAAUUUCAUGCACACAAGAUCGAAUCCCUCAGAUAGUUGCUGUUUCAUAGCAUGCAACAAAGGCAGUCUUUGUAUCCUACCUACUGUGGGCAAGGACAGGUGUGGAAUAGCCACAAUCUGUAAAAGUCAUGUCCUUAUUUCUGACAAAGCAGAGUGGAAGCACGUGGCUAAACUAUGAACUUAAACCCAUUGGAGCCAAGAUCCACAAUAUAAGUAAACUUCUCUUGUAUGUUAAUUCACAGUAGAACAUACUUCAGCCCAUCCAGUGGUCUGAUCUGAUGUGAUCUCAUGUUACGCAGACUCUCAGCACAUAACCCAUGACAGUGUAAUGAACUGGGUGCUUAGAAGAAAGUGUAAAAGUUCUAAGUUGCUAAUAAAACCUGCCUGUUGAAGAUAAUAGUAAUGUUAGUUACCAGUAUUGAAAAGAUACUGGUGAAGUUAGUCCUGAACUGAAAGUGUCUACUUUUCCCUUGAAUAUACAAUCCCCUUCCUAGCACAGAAAGUUAUGUUUAGCUUUUAUUUCUCUCUUAGAAAUUCUAUGUAUGUAUAGGGUUAUUGUUAUAAUAUCAAGAUAUAUCUAAUUCCUCUUGAUGGGGAGGAGCCAUUUCACACACUUAAGGUGACGGAAUUAAGUUUCCUUGUAACUAAGCGAGUAACACAGGUAUAUGUAAUUUAAUACUUAAUACUACAUAUAUCUACAUAUAUACGUACGUUGCCAUCAAGUGAAUUCCAACUCAUAGUGACCCUAUAGGACAGAGUAGAACUGCCCUAUAGGGUUUCCAAGGAGUGACUGGUGGGUUCAAACUGCCAACCUUUUGGUUAGCAGCCAAGUUUUUAACCACUGUGCCACCAGGGCUCCAUAUAUAGAUAUACUCUAAUAUUUUGAAAUUCAGGCUGCUAGGUAGUAUUGCAGUAAAGGAAACGAUUGAAAGCGCAUAUGAUAAAUUAUUUUUUAGAUCUGACCAAAUGCGGAUGUUAAUACGGACUUUGUUAUCUGUGACAUUACUUAACCCUGGGCUGCAGCAAAUGAGAUUGGAGUUGGUUGAGUAGAAGUUACAGAGGCAGAGCAGUAGGCAUGGUAGUGCAAGUAAGGAGGAAGUAUUUGAAGGACUUAUUUUAGAAUUGGCUAAUAAUUGUUCAGAGAGAGUUGUGGGUAAUUUGACAAUCUGUGAAGCCCUGGUGGCACAGUGGUUAAGAGCUACAGCUGCUUACCAAAAGCUUGGCAGUUUGAAUCCACCAGUCACUCCUUGGAAACCCUGUGGGGCAGAUUUACUCUGUCCUAUAGGGUCGCUAUGAGUAGGAAUUGACUCGAUGGCAACGGGUUUUGACCAUCUCUAAGGGGGCAAUACACUAUUGAAAGAAAGAUUUAAAACGUGAAGAAGGUUUGUUUGGGUAUAAGAAUCAGAAUAGUGGAGUUUCUCAAUGUGCCAUCAGAUUUAAGAACAUAAGCCUUGAAGCUUAUAGGAAUGCAUUUUCCUGCCAGUGUUGGAAAGCAGGAGAGAAGGCUGGAUGAUUAAAAGAAGUCCCUCAAAACAUUUCUUUCUGAUGCUGCAUGAUUUGUAGUUGAUAAACUAUUCUUCGGACCUUACUGGCUUAGAGUACUUUAAUGUGCUGCUGUCUUACCAGUGGAAGGAGCUAACUGAAAGCUCUCAGAUUGGAGUGGAGGGUACAUUAGAAAUGCUAAAUAAAUAAGAGGACCAUCACUUGAUUUACAUUUACGUGACUAGAUGUUAACCUCAGUAUCAAAGACGUGCAAUUGUGAGAUUGGUACCAUCCAGUUGGGUGCUAAAGCCUCUGUUUUACAAAGGGAAACAGGUGUAACAAAAGGAAAUUAAUAACAGGAAGAAAAAGAUUGUGAAAAUUGGAAGGGGAAUAAAUGGAGUCAAAUGUGGAUUUUGAA